AUGCAUUUCUUUCUUUCUUUCUUUUUCUCUGUCUAUUUUGUUCAUUAUCUAUCUAUCUAUCUAUCUAUCUAUCUAUCUAUCUAUAUAUAUAUAUAUAUAUAUAUAUAUAUAUAUUCCCACCAUUUCACUUUUUUCAUUACCUAUCUAUCUACUUAUCUAUCUAUAUUCGCAUUCAUUAAUUUUUUUCAUUAUCUCUUUUUAUCUAUCUAUCUAUCCAUCUAUAUCCGUAUUCAUUUCAGUUUGAUCCUUGUAUAUCUAUCUAUCUAUCUAUCUAUCUAUCUAUCUAUCUCUUUUUUACUAAUCUCCACCCAAUAUAAGGCCCAAGAGACACUCAAUUGUUUUCCUUUUCUAUCUAUCUAUCUAUCUAUCUGUCUAUCUAUUUAUCUAUUAGAGUUGUUUUCCUUUUCUAUCUAUCUAUCUAUCUAUCUAUCUAUCUAUCUGUCUAUCUAUUUAUCUAUUAGAGUUGUUUUCCUUUUCUAUCUAUCUAUCUAUCUAUCUAUCUAUCUGUCUAUCUAUUUAUCUAUUAGAGUUGUUUCCUUUUCUAUCUAUCCAUCUAUCUAUCUAUCUAUCUAUUCAUCUAGUACAUUUUUCCUUGUAUAUCUAUCUAUCUAUCUAUCUAUCUAUCUAUCUAUCUAUCUAUCUAUUACAGGUUUUUUUUUCCUUUUUUAUCUAUCUACCAAUAUAUCAAUCUAUCUAUUACAGUGUUUCCUUUUCUUCCUAUCUCUCUAUCUAACUAUUUAUCUAUCUGUUACAAGUGUCUCUCUCUUAACUCCGUCUGCGUUCUUUUCUGUGCACGUCGCCUGUCUCUCCCUGUUUUUCGUGGCUAAAGAGGGGCGGCUGUUGAGGCGACAGCACGUGGAGGCCGCGGCGGGAAAAAAAAAAACUACGAUAACGUUGACCACAAGAUUUAACUCCCUUCCAUCCUCAUCUCAAACGAUGAUUAUCUCUCUCAUUCAAUAUUCUCUUUUCUCCUUCUCUCUCUCUCUCUCACGCGCACGAGCGUUCUUUCUCUCUGGCUUUAUCAUCGUAUAG